UGGUACUUCAAACCACCAAUUGGUUCGGAUUCUAGAAAGAUACGUAUAUUAUAUUCUCAGUAUUUGACGUUUCUUCUUUCUUCUUUAUCACUUGCAUAGAAAUUUCUAAACCGUAGACCGGGUGACUAAUUCCACCAAAUGACCCUUCUCAACAUAAAUAUCAAAUAUCAAGCCCCAUUCCUUGUUUAUCAAGACACAACAAAUCGGUAGCUUACCAUAAUCUUUGCUCGGUUACCCAUAAAAAUGUAUCCUACAGCACCUGAUUAUGAUAAACACGCAGCUGAACACUAUCCAGGUGCUGUCCCGGUUUCAGGAACUCCAAAUACUGCUCCCCCACAACUCUAUGCUCCUCCAUAUAUACCCUACGGGAGGCCGGUUCAUGGUGGUGCAGUGAAAUGGUCAACUGGUCUUUGCCACUGUUGUGAUGAUCCUGCAAACUGUUUUACCACUUGCUGCUGCCCUUGCAUCACGUUUGGACAGAUCGCUGAGAUAGUAAACGAAGGUUUUCCAUCUUGUGUUCUGAGUGGCGCGAUCUAUGCUAUUCUGGGUCUUACUGGUUUCGCCUGCUUGUACUCCUGCUGUAAUCGCUCAAAAAUGAGGGGGAAAUAUGACUUGGAAGAGGCACCUUGUGCAGACUGCAUAGUGCACUUCUGCUGUCCGGCUUGUGCUCUGUGCCAAGAAUACAGAGAGCUCAAGCAUAAUCGUGGGUUUGAUAUGGGGAUAGGAUGGGAAGCCAACGAGGACAGACGAAGGCGGGGAGUCACAAUAGCUCCAACAGUGGCACCAGGCAUGACAAGGUGAAAUGGAAAACCAAGACCCCUUUGCUGUUGAUCCUGCUGUCUGCUUCCUUGCUGCGUGCAGUUUCUUUUUUCAGUUGUAUCGUUAUUGUUGGGGGUGUGUGUUUGAAUGGUUAUUGGCAUCAGAGAAGGAAAAACGUGAAAUUUGUGCCAAUGUAGCAGCCUGUGUAAACAACAUAUGUUAUGUUUAUGGUACUCUCAUUUCUAA